AUGGGAUUUGGCGACACAGAUAAGAUUAUUCUACAAUUCAACAAGGUAUUCUGGGAUCCAAGCUUUACUACAUUCUUUAUAGCUGGAGCAUCUUUUCCAUUUGCUGUUUGUGCUCCAAAGAAGCGUAGCCUUGUAUUUAUGAUUGGUGGAACACGCGCUCGUCGUAUGGAAGCAUCUAAAGACGAAGAUACCAUUACUACAAUUCUUCAUGAUCUAAGAAGAGCAUUUCCUAAUCAUGCCUUUCAACUGGAACGGUAUCGAAUAUCACGAUGGACACAAGGUCCAUAUGCAUGUGGUUCCUAUUUCUAUUAUGCACUCAAUACAUCGUUAGAAACAUUUGAAACUUUGGCAAGAGAAUGCUGUCAUAAUCAAAUGUUUUGGGCUGGUGAACAUACUAGUUCGGGUGGUUCAGUACAUACGGCUUUUGCUACGGGUCAACGUGAAGCAAAGAAAAUUCUACAGCGGUUGAAAGCAACAUGA